AUGUCUGAUGCAAACAGCAAUGAAAUAAAAAAUGAAAAAUGGAUUCACUAUGGAAGACCGGACAGCAAAUACUUCAACAAAAGAUACAUCUUUGAAAAGUGUCUUCUGCGACUCAACAAUGGAAAGAAGCAUAAAUUGGUAUUUUAUUCGAAAAGUGGUGAAGAACUUUUUGAAAAAUACCUUCCAUUCUAUGGCUACCCUCAUCACAUCUACUCUGAUAAUGUUUAUUAUUAUGUCCUGUUCAAGAGACAGUCGAUUGUUGUAUGUUAUGAUAUAUAUGGAGAAAUUAAAUGGCAGUGGCAACUGCCUUUCCCUGUUCACCCUCACAUUGCUGUUUUCCAAGGGACUGUUUAUCUACCGGACACUCAACUCAACAGGGUCCUUCUUUACAAGUAUCAGGACUGGUCAUCUGGCUGUUGUUUACACCUGAAAAAUCCUUAUAUCAGAAAUCUAAAUCUACGACUCAAAGAAAAGGAGAAUGACAAACUUCUUAUUGCCAAAAUAUGUCAUCUGGCAAAUGGACAGUUGGUGGUGUCCGACAUCAACCAUGAUUGCUUGUUAUACAUUUCUAAUGGAGGAGACAUUGUGUCGAGAUUAUCUCUGCCGUCUACAGCUACAGAUAUAUGUCAAUGGGAUUCUAAUCAAAUAGGUGUCACAUUACCCUUAGAGAAACAAUUAAGGGUCAUUGGAAACCUAUCAAAGACAGUGAGAAGUGUAUCAUUAAGUCACCCUUAUGUACAGGAUCUGACAGUUUCUGAUAAAGCCAGACAUAUUCAUCUUGAUGACAUCCCUCUUCGUUUUGGAGACAAGCAGUCAGUGGAGAUUAACAGUUUGGUUAUUACUGGAAAUAACCUAAUUGUAGGAUAUGACAAGAAAAACAAAAACCUCAUAAUAGUCACAUUUGAUGGUAAAAUUCUGGAUUCGAUCAAGUUGAAUGUUGUUUACCGUAUCAAUAUGUGUCGAUGGCAGUCAAACACAAUAGCUAUUACGACUGGUGAUUAUAACAACCAACUGUUGACAUUAAAAGUGGAAUUUCCAUUGUCAUUAGUAAUUUACCAGACGGAAAAGGAAUAUUACCGUAUUGCUUCUUUUUCAAACAAUCAAAUGCUUUGUAGUGGACGUAGAGAUGUAUGUAGUUUGUAUGUUGUUGAGAUUGACGAAAUACAUUUAACUGUGAAUGAAAUAAAACAAAUAGACAUACCUGAAACAUUAUUAACGAGAGACGAAUAUCAUGGUAGAUAUGAUGAUGACAUGCUUGAUAUAGCAGUUACUACCCAUGACAUGAUCAUUGUUGGUAAUGAAAGAUUCAUCAUUUUCUUCAAUAGUGAUGGUCAAUAUUUACAUUCAGUUAGACACUACAUGGGGUAUUUUGGUGAUAAAAACAAGAUGACAAUUGAUGACAGUUAUUUGUACAUUUAUGGUGUGUGGGAUAAAUAUCGUGUUUUCAUCGCAUACAAUAGCAUUUUGUGUUGGACAGAGAUUGGUGAAUACAACAAAAUAUUUUUAAAUAAAAGAAUUUAUAAAGAUUAUGUAAAUUUCCCCAGUAUAAACUGUAAAGGACCAAGGUUUGUUGGAAGCAAUUGGAAUAAAUUGUAUAUUGAAGGUUUGUUUAAGCUUAAUCGAGAAAGAUUCCCCAUUUCUCGUUUGCGAACAGACAUAUAUCCUGUUCAAGUAAAAGAUAUUGAUAUCUCUGAUAAAGGACACACAGUUGUGUGUGAAAAAGUUAACAAUGGAAAUCUUAAAAUAUUUGAUGAAGAUGGAAAGUUGCUAUGUUGCAGAAAUGCUGGAAGUUUGGUUGGUGGUGUGUGUUUUACAAGAGAAGGAAACAUAUUGGCCACAUUUCCUAACAGACAAGAAAUAUUUCAAUUGAAGCAACAAGGUUUGGAGAAAUAUAAAGUUUGGCAAAGUCGAGUACCUUAUGGUGUAAUAUGGAGGAAAGUGGGAAAUAUUUACUUGUGUGUACAUAUUAAUUUGAUUGACUGUGAUAGCAUAAAGAUUGAUGGAGAGCAACUGGAAGUUCUGAAAUCUUUCGCGUUAUUAAAGCUUGAUUCUGACUUUCAUUUCCCUUCCAUUUCAUCUCAAAUGAACAACGAAAUAUUCAGUAAUGAAUUGAUUAAUAAAGUGAAAUAUAGUGGAGGAGAUGAAAGAGGAGAAAAAAGAGCUAAAUCAGGAGAAAUAACUUGUAAAAGUAGAUUAAAGGUGAGAUGUGGUAAUUACAUAGCAGAGAGUAUGUCAGGAAUUGAUGAAAUAUCAGUGAGGAGACUGCCGCAUAGAACAUCAAUAGUCCCUCUCUCCAUUCCUACAUUCGAUGAACCUGUUAAUUAUGAUUGUAUGGAUAUUAGGGACAACAACUCUAAACUAAUUAAGUUAGAUGACAAUGUGAGUGUGUUGCUGUUUAGAGACACUGUCAUAUUAAUCAGAACAACCACAGGUGACAUACUUCAACAUAAACAAUUACCACAGCAACCACUAGGCAUAUGUCGGUGGACAGAUGAACGAUUCAUAGUCGUCUUUGGUAAAGAAAUGAUGGUCUUCAAUAGAGAUCUCUGUCGUUUAGAAACCAUUGAAACAAAGAAAUACUACAACACAAUUUAUAAAUACAACGACAAUCAACUCGUGUGUGGUGGUUAUUAUAUUAGAGACAUAACUCCACAUGAGAGAGACAAGCAUUACGGAAGGUUUUUUUACAACAACAACUUUCACUACUUUUGCAAAGACCCCAACGCCUACAACUCUUAUUACGUAGAUGUAGUUGAUCUCAAUGAUGGGACGUGUAAAUAUGAAGUGUGUCAUGGGAAGACAUCAGAAUAUGGAAAAUUAGAGGGAGAUUCAGUGGUGUUUGAUGUAGUGGUUACAUAUUUUGGUGAUGUCGUUGUUGCGAGGAGGGAGAAGGAAGAGGGGGGACAGUGGUGUGAUGAUGAUCACUACUUUGUCGAUUGGUACACAGAACAGUCAUUGGUCAGGAGAAUAAAACUACAACCACGAUAUAAUAGGUCAAAGUAUAAUAUUUACAGACCUUGUCUAACUGCAGUUGAUGAAUAUGUUUACAUUAAAGAUGCACAAGACAAUAUUUACCAAAUACCUGGACAUAUUGAAAGUCAAACAUUUGAAGAUAGUGAACACCUGCAAACUAAAGAUAUUGAAAAAUAUUUACUCCUCAGAGAGGAUGACAAUGAGGUUUUCCAAGUUCUUGGCUUUGAUAUUUCAGACAAUUCUUUCAUGGUUUUUGGAAUAUUUCCAGGACAUCAAUCUUUUGCUUUCUUUCACUAUGACAAAUAAAUAUUUGCAUUUGGUGUUA